GUGCAGCCUCAAUAAAUUGAAAUGCUCCAGCUUCCCAUAAUUCUAGGUUAGAUUCGAUCAAUUUCAGCAGCUCCUGUACCAAUCCAUUGAUUUAAUUUGAAACCACAAAUCUCGCCGUCGAAUUACUACAAAAACCCGAAAUUCCAAACCCUAGGGUUGAGGGGUUUUGCAGAAAAAAUCGCAAAUGACAUCGUCGGGAAGGCCGACUUCCGCCGCCGCCGGUGAUUUGCAGAUGGUUGUGGCGGCGGACAGAGCACCUGCCGCUCUGCCACCACGUCCUCCGUCAUCUUCGUCCUCAGCUCUGGUAGAAUAUACGCCGCCUGCAGCCAACCCCGAGGAUGAGGACCUUGAAGUUAAGCUCCGGCGCAUUAUUGAAUGCGUUCCUGUUCGUGUCAGCAACACCUCCGGCAGUUCAGCCGGUUCAGGUUCUGGUGAUUUCCAUCAGUAUCGUCAAAUGAGACGGAAAGAACAAGAUCGGCUUGCAAGAAUGGAUGCAGACUUCCAGAAAAGGAAACAGAUAACCGAAUUCGCCCAGAGGAGGGAGGAAAGAUUAAAAGCUGCUGAGGAGCGUACAGCCAAAAAACGCUUGAAACGUCUGAAGAAAAAGCUGAAGAAGAAAGACAAAAAGUGCAAAACGGAUGCUGGUGGUGACGAGCAUCAGAAGGAACAAUCUUCAGAUGAAGGUGGAGACUCAGACAACAAGGAAGCUUAAGAGGCGAUUGAACUGCUGUCUUGUUCUCGUAUUCUCAAUCUCUGGUUUAUGCAUGAUGGCAUAAUUGGCAUUAAAGUGUUAGAUACAGAAGCUGGACAUAGUGAAGAUCGACCAAACGUUCAAAAUUUACUUUCUAGUUGACUAAACUUGAAUCUGUUUAAACUUGAAUGAGGAAAAUCAACUUGUAUGUGGUUUAGGUCAUUAUCAUUGCAAUCAAAUGGGAUAAUGGCUAUUCUUUUA